UUCAUAAUGUCCGAAACGUCAAACUUCCUUCACAACAUACUCGGAGAUACACAUCAGGGCAGGCUUGUUGAUAAACUGGGAAAUUUUGCAACUGAGAACUAUGGAGAGAAAGGACUUCAAUUCUUCAACACUUUGACUGUUGCUCAAGUACUGUACCAGCUGUAUGAGGCCCGUGAAGAGAAACGUGACGGUGCCCGAAAAGUGCUUGGUAAAAUAACAACUGACAAAAUCAAUGACUACUGCAAGAAUGAAAAGGAUGCUGAUAAACAGAAAGCAUUUGCUGCCAAAGAACUGGCAAUUUACGAGCGUGCUAUUAAUUCUAUGUAGAGGAUAUGCUGCAGUGGAGUUUCAGUCGUGUGAACUUGUGAUACUUUAAUGAUGAAAAUGCUGUGUGGUUGCAGAGAUCACGGUUAUUGACAGUGUUACUAGUGAUGUUUGUAGAUAGUUGAAAUAGAAUACGAAGAGUGUGACUUCUGUAGAGAAUCUGAUUUAUAGAUGAAAUUAUUUGUUUGUGAAAGAGUGGAUUCAGCUUAUCGUGUGCCUCACGGCACUUCACAUAAAACUAACUGACAGGGAUAAAAAAAUAUUAGCUAGUUUAUGCUUGAGAUCUAGUAAAUUUCUUGAAAUUGAUAUAUGAUCGUGAUAUAUCCAGAUGGAGUAUUUCAAAUUUUUUGUUCAGUUUGACUUUAUAAACGCUUUUAUACGCUAAAUGGGCAUUGUACUGAACCUGUAAAUGCCAUAUUUAGUGCAUGCCGUACCUAUAUUAUUUAGAAUAGUGCAGUGUUAUAAGUUCCCAUUUGAAAGUUCAGCCCGAUUAUAUUUUGUUCCGUCCUUGAGUAUUAUGCCAGGCCAUGUUUAAAUGUUAACUUGAGCUCUGCCAAAACUGUGAAUUUUAAAGCUGUAUUUGCCCCGUCUCCUAUUGAGUCGAUAGAAUGUGUAUAGUUAUUAUUAGAUUUUUGUAUUUUACGAGUUCUACUUUUGAGCUAUAAUUUCUUGAUAAUUUUCAGUUUAAAUCAUGUAUAUAUUAUGUCUAUUUUGUUUGAUCCUAUAAAUGACUUUUGUCCCAGUAAUUUCUUUCGUGAUAUUCUCUCUAUUUUCGGGUUCCUCUACAAUAAAAAUUCAAUUAAGAUCUAUUUUUGGAUCUCAGAAAACUUAUGAAGUUUAUAUCCUGGAAAUCUAUAAAAUUAUAAUUGUCACCAUGUUGUUAUUUUCAUUUUGUUGACAAAAUGUAACCUCCUCUAAAUUCCCAUGGAAAUAUAAAUUCCUAACUUAUUUGUUUCAGUCAUGGCGGCUGAGAAGAAGAACCCCAUGAAGGAUAUCAGCAUCACCAAGCUGUGCCUGAACAUCUGUGUAGGAGAAUCUGGUGACAGACUGACCCGUGCCGCUAAGGUCCUGGAACAGCUGUCCGGUCAGGAGCCUUGCUUCUCCAAAGCUCGCUUCACUGUCAGAUCUUUCGGUAUCAGACGUAACGAGAAAAUCUCAUGUUGGUGCACCGUCCGUGGCGCCAAAGCAGAGGAGAUCCUCGAGCGUGGCCUCAAAGUCAAGGAAUACGAGCUGUGGAAGGGAUGUUUCUCUGAGGAGGGUAACUUCGGCUUCGGUAUUGACGAGCAUAUCGACUUGGGAAUUAAGUACGAUCCCAGCAUUGGUAUCUAUGGUAUGGACUUUUAUGUAGUUCUGGGUAGACCCGGAUACAGAGUUAGAUACAGACGCGCCAAGAACUCCAGGAUCGGAACCAAGCACAAGGUCGGCAAGGAAGAAGCCAAGAAGUGGUUCCAGACCAAAUUUGACGGCAUCUUAACGAACAAGAAAACCUAAUAAUUUUUAAAUGGAUUUUUAUUUAUUCUGGAA